UGCUCGGUUUAAUUCAGUUGUGACAGUGAAGAGCGCAAAAGAUGCAUUGUAUAUCCUUCGGAUUAAAGGCGACUCAUUCGAUCUUGUGGUCAUAGAUGUGCACAUGCCUGAAAUGAACGGCUUUGAGCUUCAACAAGUGAUAGCCAAAGAAUUUGAUAUUCCUAUCGUCUUUAUGUCAGCUGAUGAAAAACAUAGUACAACUCUAAAAGGACUUGAAGGUGGAGCUGUGUUCUUCAUACAGAAGCCCAUAUCACCAGAUGAUGUGCAAGACAUAUGGCAAUAUGCAAUCAGGCGAAAGAGGAACAAGAUAAAAGGCAAAUCACUUGUUAUUAAAGAAAUUCAAGAUAACACUGAUAGCUUAGGUAAAAGUGCCACUGGCCCUCGUCAGAAAAGCCCUAAUCAUGAAGUAAUUGUUGUGGAGUCUUCGGCGUCGAUCAAUGAAAAGGGAAAUGAAGAAUCCAACAAUGAAAUAUCUAGUGAGAGGCACAAGUCUGCAAGAAAACAUGAGGAGGACAAAAAAGAAGACAAUGAAACUACAACAUCAAAGAAGAAGCUUGUCUGGACAAGUUGCCUUCACAACAAAUUCUUGGCAGCUAUUAGUGAACUUGGUUUGGAAAAUGCUUAUCCGAUGAGAAUUCUUGAGGUCAUGAAUGUCCCACAUUUGACUAGAGAAAAUGUCGCUAGUCAUUUGCAGAAAUAUCGUAUUUUCUUGCGGAAAGUCACUCAAGAAAGUUUUGGAAAUCAAACCAUUGUCAAAGACGCAGCUAAUAGUACCAGUCAAUCAACUUUACCAUCAAACAGGCCUAGCCAGUUUCCUCCAGAAAACUCCGGAUUGCAACGGUACUUGUCCCUCAAAAAUAGAUUGUACAAGUCACCGGAAGAGACUUCGAAUUGUGGAAGUUCAUCGUUCUUAGAUCGACUUGCUAUUACCUUUCCAGAAUAUGGACAACCAGAUGUUAAUGAUGUUUCAAAUCAAUUGUCCACAACGGAAGCAACUAAUAAUAUUUCAACUCACAUCCUAAAUGCUGCAACUUCAGCUCAACAAUUUAUUACAGGAAAUUUGAACUCUCCUCAUAAUAGCUCUGGUGCUGAUACAGAGCCUAGUCAGGGAAUCGACUAUGUUGCUGGAGGGGUUACGAGCUUCAAGUCUCAUCAAAGUUUGUCUGUAAGAGAAUUUUCUUUUAUUGAAUUAGGAGAUGAGGAAUAUGUGGAAAUGUGGACUCAUCAUAUUGCUAAUCAGGAGGCUCGUACGCAAUUGCCCAGUUUACCAAAUAAUGAUGGGAGUGGAGCUGGAGGAAGUGGUUAUGUACAACCAGAGUUGGUUUCAAACAAAGGUGAUUCAAGUAAAGUCACAUUUAGUAAUGCAAAUCAAUUUUCUGCAAGGGAAGCAGCUGACAAUAUUUCAACUCAGCUCCUGAAUGCAGUAACUUCAGCUGAUCAACAACUUAUCACAGGAAAUUUGAACUCUCUUCAUUAUAGCUUUGCUGCUGAUAGAGAGACUAAUCAGCAAAAUGAGAGAGCCAUUUUGACUGGUCAUAUUAAUCAAAAGGCUUCAGUGGAGUUACCUCCUUUACCAGAGAGUUUCGGGGGUGGAGCGGGAGGAAGUGGUACUACACUUAAUCCAUAUUAUGACUUCUCUAUGUACAGAAGCGUUAAUCCUAGACCAAAUUCAAGUGGAAUUGGUGAUCUUACAAACACUUUGUUAAGCCAACUGAAUGUUCAACCUUCUAAUGUGGAAAACAAGGAUGAUGAGGGGACAACUCUUAACUUCAAUGAUGGUAUCAAUCAGUACCAGCAAGUUUAUUUUCCAUGGACUGGUCAUACAGUAGCGGAGGCAAUAUAUUACGGAGGUUUUACUACAGGGGAAGGAUCUUCUCAGCUCCCUUGUGGUUCCCUGAAUGUGGAAAUUGAGCAAGGAUAUUACGGAAGCGUUACUGCAGAGGAAGGAUCGUCUCAGCUCUGUAGUGUUUCUCCAAAUCCGGAACUUGAGCAAGGAGAUUGCGAAGGUGUUACUCCGUCUCAGCUCUAUAAUGUUCCCCCAAAUCCGGAACCGGAGCAAGGAGAUCACAGAGAUGUUACUGCAGGGGAAGGAUCCUCUCAACUCCGUAAUGUUCCCUUGAACCCCGAACCUGAGGGAGAGGAUUACAUUUUCUGGAAAUCAGUUUUUUCUUCAAGCCCUGAUAAUGGUGAUCAGAAUUAGAGGGAAUCUACAAUUAACAUCCAAAGAAGAUUUAUUGGCUAGUAUGUGACAAGCUUUUCAGUUGCCAUUAAUAGGAUAAGAACAAAACAAGUUUGACAUAUUUAUGUUCUUUAUAGAUGUUCAAUCAAAUGACUUGGAACAAAUAAGCAGACUUUCAUUUGACAAAUUGGUCAUCCACCUAUAUGUUCAACUAUGCGUUUUUGUUCAUCCUUUUCUAUUUUUGCAUUAUCAACUCUGCUUUAUGCCUUUAUAUAAACUCAUUCCAAUUAGUUUUUACUGAAAAUAAAGCAGCUUACAUCAUGAUAUUACACUUCAACCUGAGUAUUUUGAAUUGAUGAAUCUAAACAUGGAACUUGCGAUCUAUCUUGUUGAAGAAGAUCAGAACCUUCAUCCAAGAGGAUAUUCCAACGCAAAUUGGAUAUCAAGUUUGUGAGGCUACAAAUUCACCGUAUGUUGGGUGUUUACCUCAGUUGGAAGGUGCACUUUCUCAGAUAUUCUUUCAAUUAAAUUUCCCAACACAGG